UUAAAAUCUCUCUCAUAUGAAUUGCAUUGAAUGCUUACCAGAUUAAGCGCAGAAUCUCUCAUUCGCCCAACAAUCACCACCUUCAAAAUUAAAUUCAAGAUCAUCCCAACCCAACCCAUUAUUAUAUACAUUCAUUAACCUAUUCUCAUUCAAACCUUUAUCAUAAUCUUUCAAUGGGGAAGAAACUCAAGUUCAUCCCUUUCUUCUUCAAGACCCUUUCUUCCGAUUCAUGGCCUUUAUGUUCCAGUCAACCCAAAACCCUAUCCUUCCGCGCCGCCGCACCCGCCGUCGCCGUCGUCCCCGCCGCUGACUUUACCAUCGACGAAGGGCAUUCCGUUGAUGAAGAUGCGGCUGCGGUGUUAAGAGGUCUCAAGGCAAAAGACAGGCUGUUCUUCGAACCAGAAGAAACGAGUUCGAUUCUCAAUCCACCAGUGAUGGAGAAUGAACCGGUGGAAGAUUCACCGGCUGAUGAUGAUGAUGAUGAUGAUGAUGCUCUGAUCAAGGGUAGUUUAAUAACACCCAUGGAUUCGAUGGAACCCUUGAAUGAUUUCCGGAGAUCGAUGGAGGAAAUGGUGGAAGCUCAUGGAUUGACUGAUUGGACUAAGCUUGAAGAAUUAUUGGGUUUGUAUUUGACUGUGAAUGAAAAGUCAAAUCAUGGGUAUAUCGUAGGUGCUUUUGCCGAUUUGCUAAUCGGGAUUUGCUUCGCGCCGUCGUCGUCGUCGUCGCCGCCGCCGCCGCCGCCGGCGAUGACGUCAUCGUUGAGAAUAGGUUCUGAGGAAGAAGAUGAUCGGCGUAAUUCAUCUAUGUCGACAUCGAUGUCAUGUUCUCCAACAUCUGCAAUGUCGUUCUCGUCUUCUUCAAGUUCUUCAAAUGUUCAGAGUAGUUUGGCUUUGAUUGAACCUGAUGAUGAUGAAGAUGAUGAGAUUCAGAUUAAAGCAUCAUCGGCUUCAACAUCACAUCAGUAAUUUAGUUAAUGGGAGUAACUUUUUUUGGAUGUGUAAAAAAAUAAUAAUUUUGGUUGGAAUAGUGA